ACCAGCUCUGAAGAGCACAUUUCUGAACAUAAUGUACCUUUCUGUGGGGGUGGUGUUCUGCACUAUAAUCUGUAGACAUAUUUCUCUUGGAGACCAGAUCUCUCAGAAGGACACACCAGUGUUCAAGACAGAGGGUGAAAGAGCUACACUGGAAUGUACCUUCAGCACAAGCAGCACCAGCUAUUGGAUCUACUGGUACCGCCAGUAUCCUGGGUCGGCACCUCAGUUUAUACUGUACAGCGGGACCACGAGCCGCACUUCAGAUUUUGCAAAAGAAAGGUUCUCCUCUACAGCAGAUAAAAACACUGGUUUAACAGUGUUGACAAUCUCUAGAGUGCUGCUGGAAGACACCUCCAUAUAUUACUGUACCUUGUGGAGAGACAACAGAAAUCUCUCGAGAGCCUCAAAAACUGCAGGUGGACAGUCUGUGGAUCAAUCUUCCUCAGUCACAGUUAAAGAACAAGGAAACACAACAAUUCCCUGUUCUUACAGGGAUCCUCCUAUGAGCUUUAACAUGUUCUGGUACAUCCAGACAUCCGGAAAAGCUCCAGAGGCCAUUUACAAUGAGCUGCUGCCUAAGGACAGCAUCCCUCCCCGGUUCCAAAACCGUCUUUCUGCGGCUCACGAAAAGAAGGAAAAAACCUUCCAUCUUCAGAUCAGCUCUGUGGAGCUUUCAGACUCUUCAGUUUACUUCUGUGUACUGCAGCCCACAGUGAGAGCAGCUGCACCAACACCACACAGAAACCUCACCUUGACUGCAUCGAGAGGAAGAAUACUGGGACAAGCUGCACAAGGAACACAAGAAUGGUGUCUAAUUGUCUCCAAGAUUUUGGCCGUCUAGCUCAUGUCUUUUACAACUUUACAAGCUGGCUUGUUCCCAGUUCCCCAAAUCUUACUGGAUUCCUCUGUAUCACUACAACUUCAGGACAAUCCU